CCCCAUUCCUCCCCUCCCCUAUCCUCGCUCCUUCGCUCAUUGUCGUGCCUUCCUUUUACCUCUCACCGCCGAUCCCCCCUUCUCCCCCCUUUCCCUGCGCCCAGACAGGAUCAUGUCUUUGCCGCCCAACUCCAAUCCGGCGUCUCCGGCCUCGGCGCCGGCGCAGUCACUUGAUCGAGAUCUGUUCCUCGAGUUCGAUCCCCUGUCGGAGCGACUGGAGGAUGUAUCUCUCACCUCUCCGGACGAUGGGGCAUCCGCGCCGGCCACCGGUGGCGGCCUAACCUCGACCGAUCCCUUCGCGGACAUGUCGUUUGCCGAGCACACCGGCUCCUCGGCCCCGGGCGAUCCUUUCGCCAGCAUGCCCAUCGCACAUACCCCCUCAUCGUAUGAGCCCCCGCCGCAUCUUCAAAGCCAGGCGCGGAUGCCUGGUCCUGCGGCGCAUCACCACGACUCGCGCGGUCCCUACUACCAGGGCCCUGGAGCGUAUGGCGCCUACAGCCAGCCGGGGCCGGAUGCUCGUGCUACACCCUCCUCUCCUCCCUCUGGCCACCAGCCCCAGCCCCAGCCCCAGGCCCAGCCGCAGCCGCUGCCGCAGUCAUCGGCGGCGGUGGCACCUGCCUCGGCUGGCACCCCAGCCGGUGCUGUCUCAGUGCCCGAUGUGGCGGCCAGUCCCUCGACACCGGCAGCCGCAACCGCAGCCGCAGCCACUGCCCCGGCUCCCACAUGGACCUCUCCCCACAUGGCGCCUGCCUCUCCCUUGGGCGGCUACCCGAGCACCAGCUAUCACCCGAUGCCCGGAUUUGGUGGCUACCAUCCCAGUGGCAUGGCUCCGGCUCCGGCUUUCCAUGGUGGCUACCCGGCAUAUGGCAGCCCUGGGAUGGCCCCCGCCCGGUCGAGGCCUCAUGCCGCUCCCACGGUCCCGACUCCGAGCUCCAAUGGUGGCGUACUCACCAAUGUUGAUACCGACAAGGCGCUGAUGAACUGCAAAGUGGAGAUCUUCCAACGGCGCCGCCGUCGCCAGCCUCUCCAGUGUGUGCUGAUGCUGUCCAGUCCGCUGGUUCUGACUGCUGUCUCCUUCGGGUCUGAGGGCGAUGGCCAGUCGAAUGUCGUGCUGCUGAUGGACGCCCAGAACUCGCAGCUCUUCCGGCAUCGGGAUGACCCCCAGGUCAUCGGGCUUCGGUCGCACGCGUCCUUCAUCCAUCGGGCCCCGCUGCGCCUCUUCCGUGAGGACUCCGAGACGGUCAUGGUGGAGAUUCGCUUCGACCUGGAGGAGGACCUCACGCACUUCAUUGAGCUGUUCAAUGCCAUCAACGACGAGCUGACUGCAACCAAUGCCUCGCUGUACCAGCAGUACAUGGCCAAUUCCCAGCUGCAGCAUCAGUAUGCCGGCGCUGGCGCGCAGCAGCAGCGCCUGAUGACUCCGGCAUCUGUCGCCCUGCCAGAGGGCUUCCUCGAAAGCCGUGAGGAGAUCAUCCUGAACCGUGCCCUUUCGGCCCUCGAAGUGAAGACCAUGCUGCCAGACUACUCGAUCAAGCAAAUUGUCACGGCUCUCUACCACAAUGGGAAUAACCCGGACCAGGCCGUGGAGAAUCUUCUUAGCUCCGAGCCGGAGCCCGAGCCUCCUGCCGAGCCUGCCGCCGAGCCUGCUGCCGAGCCUACCACUGGGCCUGUCACCGAGUCCGAUGUCUCAGGCACCGAGCCUGCUGCCUUGGUUGAGGUCGGUGACUCCAAUGGACCGAGCUCGACGUCGGCUCCGGCUCCGGCUCCGGCGCCGGCGCCGGCGCCGGCCGAGGCCGUCAUCGCGCCUGGUGCCAUUGAUCGCCAGCGCUUGGUCCAGUCCGGCAUGGUGACCGAGGAGGCACUGGCCGAUCUGGAUGAAGAUACACUGCAGACCCUGAUGGCCAUUCUGGCGUCUGAUAUGGCUGAGGAUGCCGCCGAGCAGUCAGCCACGGCACAGGAGCCGGCAAGGCCCGCUGACGAUGAUUCUCUCCUCCCCCGAGCCAUGGAGAUUUCGAAACAAAUUGAAAUCGACGAAUAUCGGCGUCUGGCUGCCGCGAGCCACAGCCACAUGGGGCAUGGCCCUGGCGCCCAUGGUCGGGGGCCUCUUCCGCCCGGAGCUGUGCCCAACUUCUCGUCGUCUCUCUCCAUGGUGUCUGAGCAUCGGCUUCCGGCUGCACCUGCCCAGCCUGCCUCCCGGCCCUCGCGUAACACCUACGAGUAUGAUUCCGAUGACGAUGAAGAUGAUGCCCUGGACAAGUUUGUUGACAACGUGUCUGGGUUCUUCUCACACUCUCUGGGCAAGCUGAAGACCAUGAUGCGCCGGCCGGAGAACGAGCACGGCGGGACAGCGGCCCAGCCGUCGGUUGAGUCGGACGGAAUCUUUGACCUGGAUCAGGAUGGUCACUCGGGCACUGCUUCGGCCGCGACCUUCCGCCAGCAGGGUGCCCGUCAGCCGGCGACAAUUUCGGCCUCGACUUCGACAUCACCCUCGGUAACUGGCACCAGUAGCAUUUGGUCACGCUCAACGGGGACAAGCCGCGUCACUAGCCCCCGACAGGACGUCCAGGUGGAGAUGCAGGAGCUUAGAUCGCCCUCGGCCAAUGCGCAGGAUGCUGGCUCUGCUGCCACCAAUGUGCCUGUGACGGCCGCCAACCCGCAGGCCGGUCGCCUGAAUCAGCUGUCGCUCUUCUCCUCGUCCGACAUCACCAACACCUCCUACAAUCACCACGACUACCAUUCCUCCUUCCAGGACGAUGAAGAUGACGAUGAGGAUGCUGGCGAUACGGCGCGCCUCCUCCGGUGAGGCUGCAGAUCUGUUCCUCACUGGGAGUCGGGAUGAAGAGGCGCGAGAAUCGGAGUCACUCAAUGGGGUAGGACCAGGGGAGGACACAUGGACCGAGGCAUCACACGGAGAGCAUCUCUCUUGGUUGUCUUCCUUUGUCGUCCCUUCUCCUCCUCCCCCUCCUCCUCCCC